CCCCGCGCCCCGGCCAUGGCGGCGCCGGCCGCGCUGCUGAUCCGCGGGGGCCGCGUGGUGAACGCCGAGGCCUCGCAGGCGGCGGACGUGCUGGUGGAGGGCGGCGUGGUGCGGGCGCUGGGCCGCGGCCUGCUGCCGCCGGGGGGCGCGCCCGCGGGGCUGCGCGUCCUGGAUGCCACCGGCAAGCUGGUCCUGCCCGGCGGCAUCGACACGCACACCCACAUGCAGUUCCCGUUCAUGGGCACGAGGGCCGUGGAUGACUUCCUGCAGGGCACCCAGGCGGCGCUGGCGGGUGGCACCACCAUGAUCAUGGACUUCGCCAUCCCUCCGAAGGGCAGCUCGCUCCUCGGCGCCUUUGAGACCUGGCGGGGCUGGGCAGACCCCGCCGUCUGCUGCGACUACGGCCUGCACGUGGCCGUGACCUGGUGGAGCGACCAGGUGAAGGAAGAAAUGAAAAUCCUUACCCAAGAUAAAGGCGUGAACUCCUUCAAGAUGUUCAUGGCCUAUAAGGACGUGUACAUGGUGGGGGACGCGGAGCUGUACGCCGCCUUCUCCCGGUGCAAGGAGAUCGGGGCGAUCGCUCAGGUCCACGCGGAGAACGGGGACCUGAUCGCCGAGGGAGCGAAGAAGAUGCUGGCCUUGGGGAUCACGGGCCCCGAGGGCCACGAGCUGUGCCGCCCGGAGGCCGUGGAGGCGGAGGCCACGCUGCGGGCCAUCACCAUCGCCAGCGCCGUGAACUGCCCGCUGUACGUGGUGCACGUGAUGAGCCGGUCGGCGGCCAAGGUGAUCGCCGACGCCAGGAGAGAGGGGAAGGUGGUGUAUGGAGAGCCCAUCGCAGCGAGUCUGGGCACAGAUGGCACCCACUACUGGAACAAAGACUGGCACCACGCAGCUCACUACGUGAUGGGGCCCCCCUUGAGACCGGACCCUUCAACUCCUGACUACCUCAUGAAUCUGCUGGCUAACGGUGAUCUGACCACCACGGGCACUGACAACUGCACGUUCAACACCUGCCAGAAAGCUCUCGGCAAGGACGAUUUCACUAAGAUCCCCAACGGGGUGAACGGAGUUGAGGACCGGAUGUCAGUCAUUUGGGAAAAAGGCGUGCACAGUGGCAAGAUGGAUGAAAACCGAUUUGUGGCGGUGACCAGCACGAAUGCCGCUAAAAUCUUUAACCUCUAUCCCAGGAAAGGGAGAAUAGCUGUGGGAUCCGAUGCUGACAUUGUGAUCUGGGACCCAAACGCCACGAGGACUAUCUCGGCAAAAACUCACCACCAGGCUGUGAACUUCAACAUCUUUGAGGGCAUGGUUUGCCACGGGGUGCCCCUGGUGACCAUCUCCAGGGGCAAAGUGGUGUAUGAAGCUGGAGUUUUCCAUGUCGCACCAGGAGACGGGAAGUAUAUUCCUCGCAAGCCAUUUGCUGAAUAUGUUUACGGGAGGGUCAAGCAGCGGGACCAGACUUGCACACCUACCCUCGUGGAGCGCGAACCCUAUCAGGGAGACGUAGUCCUUCUGGAAUAGACACAAAAGACCCCGCCGCUGGGACCAGGACACAAACCUCCCCUCACGAGUGCUGCUGGGAAGGGACGGUGGCCAAGGGAAGUAUUCCAGCCUGACAGCAGAUGCCAUUAGCAUCUCUCUCUUCAUAACCAUGUGAAGAGUUCAUGGUCAAGGUCAAAGGCAUCAAAGGGACAUGAGGCUCAGGGACAGUUUAGCCACGGGAAGAAUAACAGACCUCUUGACGCAGAACACUGCGAUAAGCCCCCGGAUUGAAAGAGGCUUUGGGCCAGCUAGAGAUUUAUUCUCUGAGACCUUGGGAAGUCGUCACCAGAGCCAUGGAGGAUCAAACGUGAGCAAGAAGCACCAUAACCCGUGACACAAUAGACCUGUCAUUGAGGAACGUUGGCACCACUUCAAACAGGGAGGACAAGUUCAUGGUCGAAAUUUAUUAUCUAAGACUUUAUCUGGAAAGAUAAAUCUUCAUAUUGUGAAGGCAAAUAUAUCCUAGGACGUAAAGUGAAUGAAAAAUGAAUCACGUGGCUUUGCAGGAUAUAAUUUUUCAGGAAAAUUAUUUGAUAGUAUUUGAUAUAUUUGAUUUCACAUGUAAUUUUUGGAAUAAUAUUAUAAAUAUGGUCAUUUU